AUGGCUUCCUACGGCCUGCUGGGCCAACAAGAAGAAGACGCCCUUCACAAGUCGCGCCUUCUAAACGUUGAAGAAAAGCCCUUUAAGCGCAUCUCCAAGCGCAUCCUCAACCCAGAAUCUCUCGUCGUCUCCAACGCCCAAACCGCAACCCCUCCACCAGAAGACUCCUCCUCCUCACCCUCCACAUCCACCGAAAAGCAAAAACGCCUCGACGAAUGGCGCCAUUUCCGCGAAGAUGUGACCCUAGAUUUCGUCGCCUUUGAAGGCAGCAUCGCACGAAUCCAAUUCCUCCUCACAAGCAAUGAAAAAGAACGCGAGCGCUACGCGACAGAAAAACUGCGCAUCCUCGACACCAUGCAAUCCGUCCGGGGCAACACAGCCGAACUACGCGCCCAACUAGACGAAGCGCAGCGAUUACUCGCAUUACGGAAAAGCUACGACGAACUCGCCGAGAAGAUCACCAGUAACCGAUUGCUCAAGCCGCGCGAAGACCAGCAGGCCAAUUUGCACAAGCUUGAGUCGGAAAUUACCGAGCUGGAGAAGGAAAGCAAGGAUUACGCUAUGACUUGGUCUGAGCGUCGCGAGCAAUUUGGCCGUAUUGUCGAGGAAGGUAUGCAGCUUCGCCGGCUGAUUCGCGAUGAGAAGGAGGAGGUUGAGCGAAGGGAGGGUAUGCAGGAAGGUGAAGAUGGGGACGAGGGGGAUGUCAAUUCUAAAGGGAAGAUUAGUGCUGCUAAUAGUCCUCGUCCUGAGGCGGAGGGGGGGUCAACUCCGUCGCAGAGUCAGGAUGAAAGUGGGCGGUUGCAGGUUGAGAAGGGAGCUGGGAGUACGAGGGGGGUGUCACCGCUGCGAAAUGCAACUAGUGCGCAAGGCGAAAAGUCUCGGUCUGAUCAGGAGGAUACGAAUAUGCUGGAUGAGGGUGAGGUGAGAGACGAAGAGGCGGGCAAUGACUCUGAUGAGCUGGAGGAAGGCGAAGAAUUGCCCGAUGACCGAAUGGGGGGAGAGCACAUGGAUACCACUUGA